CUGAAGCCGUCAACUCUCGUCUACUUUCAAAUUGUUUGGCAUCUCAAACGAGCCUAUAGUUGGUAACACCGCCCUUACUAAGUCUGGUAAAGAUGAAAACAUUAUAAUAAUAAUCAUUAUCAAAAUAAUUUGGGCUUCUAUAAAGCGAUUAAUCACAUGCACACACACAGAUGCCACAACUUUUUUGUAUUUUUAUCAGGCAUCAGCGUGUCCCGGUGAGGCAUGACGCAGUUCUGUUCGGUCCUUAUUCACAGUGCAGGAAAUUGAAAGUAAAAAUCACUACAAUUUCACUUCACUUAUUCCACUUUUACCUUGUAAAUCCAUAGAGAUUAAUUAAACGAAAAUGUUCGUUUCGACGGAGGAUGUUUCUCCUUCUUUUAAAGGCUUUACUUUGAUUAUGCCUGCAGUAUCUGUUGGAAAUGUGGGGCAGCUCGCCGUUGAUCUCAUCAUCUCCACACUGAAUAUGCCCAGAGUGGGAUACAUCCACACUGACUGUCUCAUUCCCAUGACUGGAAACAACCCUUACGCCACAUCUACUGAAGAUGCUUCCCAGCUCAGCACCAAUGCAGAAGUAUAUUCCCACAGUGACCUAAAACUGGCUGUACUACAGAUAAGGACACCCAUCAUCCAGACAAAGGUGAGAUCAUUCAGAAAGCUGAUGGUGUCCUGGAUCAAGAGCUGUGGAUUUCUCAGAACUGUGCUGCUGUCCAGCAGUCACGCAUAUCAGAGAGAUGACCGACAGCUGCUUGGCACUCCUCUGCGUUACCUGCUGACUCCAUCUCUGCAGAAACAGGAAGGACAGAGAGUGGAAAAGCUGGGCUGGAGGGAGAUGGCGAGAAUCAGUAUAUUCCCUGAUGUGUUUGACUCAGAACAGCACCUCUAUAUUCCUGGAGGAGGAGUGACCAAAGCCCUGUACACAGACUGCUGUACAGAGGACAUAUCUAUGGCAGUAGUGCUAAACUUCUGUUCAGAAGGGGACAACAUUCCUGAUGCUUUCACCCUUAUCAACCAUCUCAAUGACUGGCUCCAUCUGCUGGAGAAACCUAUACAAGGGUCAGUGCAGUGGAGGGUCCCUCCAUCAUGGAGACUUUUGUUCGGCAGUGGUGUCCCGCCUCUACUUUUCUAAAUCACAGCUGCAAGCUUGUAGACACACUUUUUGUAACAGUGACUGCUUUUAAUAUGAAUGUGAAAAAUUAUU